AGUGAUACUGAUAUCAGGAGUGAUAAGUUUUACUUAGAAACGUCUGAAAAAUAUAAGAGAUCUCUGUAACAAUAACAUGCCAGAAAAAUCCGUCAGCUCCAAAUAGAUUUGUUCAUACUUUGAAGGGGAAAAACUUGUUCAUUCUUCGAAAGUGAAAUUGAUCAGGUUGCGAAAAAGGACUUGUUCGAACAAUAGAAAAGCUGUAAAUUAAUUAUCUGAAUCCGUCGAUGAAACAAAGGUGACUUCCGUCAAACAGAUGAGAGACUCUGAAGUAAUUUAGAGGAACACAAAGAAAUCAAGAAAGUGUGUGAAUACGCCAAUCUACAAAAUCGUGAAAUCUGUGUCAAUUUGGAUGAAGUAGAGUUUGGAGUCAUUAUCCGAGCAGUCCAGGGACAGAGCAUAAAAUGAUGAGGGAUAUUUUGCCUUUAUUCAAUACAUCAUUGUUUAAAUACGCCCAACACAUUGUUGUGUUUGCUAUCAUCACAAGUCUGCAUGUAAAUAUCAUCAGUGGGUGUGUGAAGCACGGAAAACGAGGCGAGUGCUGCACGAAUUUUUACCAUCACAAUGGUGGAUGCAUUCCCUGCCCUAGCGGUUCCUAUGGAGAUAACUGUUCCACUACUUGUCCAUACCCGUCUUGGGGGGAGAACUGUCGUUUCCAGUGUAAUUGUAGUGCGGAUGAAGUUUGUAGUCCCCAUAUAGGGUGUGUCAAAACAAGUACCGCGUCCACUUCUACAACAAGUACCGAAGCAGGAAACGACAUGAAGUCAAUUCAAAAAUCCCCAAAAGUCGAAACAAAAUCAACGAGAAAUCCUAACAGUUCAAAAGUAGACGAAGUAUAUCCUGUUCCUACGGAUAUCAUUCCUACCUUAGCAGUGGUAUCCAAGGAAACAAAUUCUGUGACUCCUAAGUCAGCUUCUGGAGGUAAGUCACAAACUUUGCAGGUCAUCAUAAUCACAGGAUCUGUAUUAUCUUUAUUUCUGAUUAUUAUAAUAAUUAACCAGAUUCACGGAAAACUGAAAAAGCGUAGGAAAAACAUUUCUGCAAGCAAAAAGCCCAAGCCCUCGGCUACAAACGAAGCAGAGGAAGAGCUUUAUGUAGAAAUAAACGAGUCUGGCAUGCUGGAAAAUAUUUCAAGAUACGACAAAAUCGAGUCGCAACCGUCAAUAAAACAACAAAACUCAAACGGAGAUGUUUCGAAAAUUGAAAUCAAUAAUGAAACAAAACCAAUGCUUCCAAAAUUAAGAAAUGAAGUCAUUGGUACAAAAUCAGAAGAACUUAGUAUUAGACAAGAAGAUGAAAGUUUGGAAGAGAGACGUUCAGUUUAUCUGGAUGUUGUGACAGACAAUCUUAAUGAAUCCCCAGAUAAUUCUUACCUGAAACCAGUCUGUAUGUUAAACACGUAUAUAGACGUGAUAGGUUCGCCACCAAAAGGGAUGUCAGAAAGCGGAAGUCGGACCGAGUGUCACACCUUUGAAGUGGAAAGUCCAUCGAUCUGUCAAAGAGAGCUAACCAGUUAAAUGGACACAUAUCUUGAAGUUAUCCAUGAGUAGAGAUAAUUCACAUAUGUAUUUUGAUUUUUAAUCUUGUAUGACAAAUACUUGUAAAAACUUAUGUGGAUCAACAUCUACUAAUACAGAUUAAACGUAACUUUCAACGAUAAAAACGAGAUCAAUCUUGUGAUUGUAUUAUCUGAAACUGUCACCUACUUGAUUUACAUUUUAUAUCACUUAGACUAUAAUAACGUUCUUACAAAUAGCGA